GUGCAGCCAAAGAGGGAAGGAAAGUAUCCUGUCUGAAUGAAUACACGACAAGUCUCCCAGUCUCGAGGCACAAUAUGGUAGCUGUGAUUGAUGACUUGCCAUAAUUAGACCUACCUAGUCAAACUGAUUUAAGAUUUGAGUGGUGCAGGAGUAGAACCUAUUCCUUUUAAUUAGGUGCAGCAGAGACUUUUUGUUAAAAAAAAAAGGAAAGGAAAGGUGGGAGAGAAGGGGAAUACAAGACUUAACGUGGGGCAAACAAAAGCUUUGAUCUGGGAAUCCAAAAUGGCUUCCAUGAGCCUACGAGGCUUUCUGCCCUCACUUCUGCCCACAGCUAGGGUUUGGGUCAGUGUUACAGGAAUUUUUAUAAUGAUUGGGGAGGGGGUUGCCCCUGCAGCACGCAGUGUGCACACACACACACCCUUUGUUCACACCCACACCCACAUGUCUCCUCAAAGCACCACAUAACGCACAACACCACAUAAUUUCCAAUGACUCAUGCAACCUUUCACCUAAUUGUACCUGUAUAUAUAUAGUGGUCAAUGUUAGUGUUGGGUGUGGGUUGGUUGGUUGGUGAAAGCUGAUAGUGUUGAUGUGUGUACAGUUGGUCGGUCGUUUUGCAGAUAAAGACUUUUAAGAAUAAAAGCAGAAAAUACUCUGCAAGGACACUCUUCUCGUGGACUCUUUUAUGCCGACAAGGGUCCGAGGACCAGGCUGGAGGAGACAAAGGAAGUCAGGACUUUUGCUUUUAUCAAACACUGGCAGAAAUUCUGCAGCGGGAAGGUUUGCAAAUGUUUCCCUGCAACUGUUUGCAAACAGCCUGGGCUCCGCCUACAUCCCUCUCCCUCCCCUGUGAACCAUCAUAACCCUCUUCUUAAGUGUUCAGUGGAGUUCUGUGUUCUCUCCUCCGUGCUGCUAAUGACCAACACUGCCUGGAGAAGGAGGGCAGGUGUCCCUUUUCCAACUGCAUAUCACCCUCUUCAGGCUGUGUGAUAAAGAUAAGGGAGCAAUUUUUGAGGCAGAAAAGGGCAAAAGAGGAGAGUUGUACUUUGAUUAUGUACAGUAUAUUGUUCCAUCUGCCCAGUUUUCUCUACUCAGAAGCCUAAGACAUUUUAAAAUACAAAGAGAGGUGGAGGAAAAUAUGCAUUUGAAAUGAGCAACAUGUAGCUUGAGAAUGUAAAGAAGAUUUUCUACGGGGAGGGGCAAGAAGAAGAAAACGAAACUCCUAAAGCCUGAGCUGGGUGUGGACAUUAACCCUGGGAUAAGGAAACCUAUUUAUUCCUCAGCUGGUUAUAAAAGGCCAGAAGAUAAGUGUCAGAAGCAACCUCGAAAAAGUGGCCGGUCUUCUGGGUUUAGAGAAGGAGCGAAUACAAUCCUUCUGAUUAUAGUAACGGCACUGUUUUCAACAGCUUUCCCAAAGCUAAAAAGAACCGCAAGCCUCCAUAAUGGAGUCGCCGACGGCAGGUGCCGACAGCAUAAAGGAAGCAGAAGAGGUGGUUCAGAAUGCCCUGGGCCUGCAUGAGGAAGCAGAAAAACUCUGCAGUGGCUACACAGAGAAGAUCCAAGUUACUCUGAAAGCUCUGCAUUCCUUCCGAGAGAAAGUGGCAAUGGGAUUCAAGGAGCUGCAUGACUUUCUGUACGAUGAGGAGUCGUCUCUUAUGGCCAAAAUAGAUCGAGAGGAAGAGAAACACCUGCGCUUCCUGGAGAACAAGCUGAUGGAUGUGGCUGAGGCAGCAUCCUCUGCUCUGGAACUGGCGGACAACCUCAGUGUGGCCGACAACACCAGCGGACACUACAUGCGCAUGACCGAGGUCCGGCUGGAGCAACUACGGAUGCAGAUGGCCAGGCACAGCAAGGAGAUGAGGUCCUGUGGACCAGAUGUGCUGUGUAGCCCACCCCUAAAGUAUUCCAUUUGCAGGCGGAUGCUGAAGAGAGCAGCACAUUGCGCACUGGAGGACCUCACCCUUGAUGACAGCAGCGCCCAUCCUCACCUGGUUGUUUCCGCAGACUUAAAAUCGGUCAGGCUGAGCCUUCUCAGCCAGGCAGUUCCACAGAGCCUACGGCGUUUUCAGCCCUGCCUCUAUGUCCUCUGCUCACAGGGCUUCCAGUCAGGUAAGCAUUACUGGGAGGUGAGCGUUGGGCAGAAAACCAACUGGGUCCUUGGGGUAGCCAGCUGCCGCGUCAACCGCAAGGCAGUGGAGAACCUCGCUCCUGAAAAUGGAUACUGGGUCCUCAGGAAAGCACCAGGAGACCGUUUCUACGCCUUGAGCUCAACCCCGGUGCUUCUUGCUCCCAGCCACAGCCCCUCAAAGGUUGGAGUGCUCCUGGACUAUGAAAACGGCAAGGUUGGGUUUUACAGUGCAGAGAACAUGGUGAAAAUCUGCACGAUCACGGGUGACUUUCAGGAGAUGUUGCACCCCUUCUUCUGCCCUGGCUUGACACUCGGUGAAGAGGAUUGCUAUCCUCUGACACUAAACAGUUAGAGGGAAAGAGGAAAAACUGGACAAUCUGGAGGGAGAAGGCGAAUGCCGAGAAAGCUCAGGGAAAUAAAUAAUAAAUACUGUUAAAGGUUUGCAGGUGCAUUUGUGUGUUUCUGAAAACUGCUUCGUGCCACAGGAGUAAAGGUAAAGGUAAAGGGACCCCUGACCAUUAGGUCCAGUUGUGACCGACUCUGGGGUUGCGGCGCUCAUCUCGCGUUAUUGGCCAAGGGAGCCGGCGUACAGCUUCCGGGUCAUGUGGCCAGCAUGACAAAGCUGCUUCUGGCGAACAAGAGCAGCGCACGGAAACGCCGUUUACCUUCCUGCUGGAGCGGUACCUAUUUGUCUACUUGCACUCUGAGAUGCUUUUGAACUGCUAGGUUGGCAAGAGCUGGGACCGAGCAACGGGAGCU